AUGUCUACUUCUAGUACCUGGCAAAGCUUGGUAACUAGAGAAGAGCAAUAUUCAGUUUUCCAGCAUGGUGUUUGUAAGACCUCAGGCCAGAAGCGAGCUCCUAAACGGGGAGAACAGCAAGGAUGGAAUGACAACAGGGGAGCAGAAAUAAAACAGGACAAAUCUGAGUGGAGACCCUCUUUCAGGGAAUACCGUUCCUAUGAAACUGAAAGACAAGCGGAAUUCACAGUAGAAAAACCAAUUGAAAGAUUUGACCAUGAAAGGCCAAUAAGAGGACGCAGAGGAGGAAGAGGUGGAAUGCGAGGUAGAGGAAGAGGUGGUGGAAUAAAUAGAAGUUUUGAUGGCUUUGACCAAAGAGGAGAACGGGGAUUUGAAAGAGAAAAUGGGAAUGAUAAAACUGAGAUGGAACAGACUGCUCCAAUGGAAGAGACUGCAGAAACAGCUGAGCAGCCAGGGGCACCUGAAAGAGAACCUCUGAACAAAGUUGCUGAAGGGGAGCCAACGAAAGAAGUAGUUCAAGAAAUGACGUUAGAUGAGUGGAAAAAUCUUCAGCAACGGAAUCGACCAAAGCCUGAAUUCAACAUCCGGAAGCCAGAAUCCACUGUUCCUUCCAAAGCAGUAGUGAUUCACAAGUCAAAAUAUAGCGAUUUGCAAAAAGACGACUUUGAAGAUGAUUCUCACGUCUUCCGAAGAGCAGUAAAUGACAUAACAUCUCAGCUGGAUAUUAAUUUUGGGAGUCUCCCUCGCCCUGGCCGUGGAUCAAGAGGAACACGAGGUGGUUGUGGUCGUGACAGACGAGUUGAGGAGGCAGGGCCUCAACCGGAAGUAGUGGUGCAAAUUGUUGCUCCAAAUCCUGAUGACCCUGAGGAUUUUCCUGCUUUAGCCUGAAGGAACUAUCAUGAAUGAUGGUAUCUCAAAGUAGCUGUGAAAAGACCAAUUUUAUAUUGCUGUGGAAAAGAGUCUGAGUCUACAGGAAAAACUGAUUUUGUGUUUUUCUUUUUGGUGUGAAAUGAUUGUACCCCUUUGCUAUUGGAAGGGGGUUCUGGAGAUACCAGUGGACUGGAAUUCUGUCACAGGUUCCAGUGUCUCUCACUGUUUAUGGAAACUAUGUGAAGGCUUAUGGUACUCUACUACAAGGAUUCAAAUGAAGUUCAAGAGUACAGUGUUUAAAAUGUGUAUAUAGCAAUUAUCCCAUCUGGAUGUGAUCCUGGGCAAUAUGCUCUAGAGGACCCUGCUUGAGCAGGGAGGUUGGACUAGAUGAUCUCCAGAGGUCCCUUCCAACCUAAACGAUUCGGUAAUUACAUCCUGUUUUCUAGGACAGCAUGGUGAAAUGUAAGCUAUACAACGUAGUCUGCAAUUGGGACUCUAGCAAAACACCGUAGACAUCUGAAAGCUGCUUUCCCUAUUUCUUUGAGUGAAGUGUACCUUUGCAUAUCUUAUGCAGUUACAAGUUGCAAUUCUUUGGAGGUUGGCAAAUAAAGGAAAGUGCUCAUUGGUUUGGGUUUGAGGUGUUAUUUUCACAAGUCAGAGUAGCAAAUUGAAACUUUUGCUGUUUGGCUGUAGU